GUAUGAAAACUCAAUGGGGUCAUCCAAAAAUGUAAUAAGUGAGCCUGUUGAUGUGGAGGAAGGCUACAACAUGAUGGCUUCUUUCCAACGGUCAAAUAGUCAUGACAAAGUGAGGAAAAUAGUUGCAGAAGAGGGACGUACAGCAAGGAACCUGAUUGCUUGGAGUGUUCCACUGGAAAACAAAGAAGAUGAUGGAAAAUCAAAAUGGCAAGCUGGUGGAAAAACAAAGAGGGUGAUUCAAGGAACACACAAGACUGCAAAACAGAACACUACUAUGGAUUGUAAAUUAACAGCAGCAGCAGCUGGAGAUAAAAACUUUGACAAAAGCCCAACAAAAGCAAGACAGCCUCGAAAAGUUGAUCUGCGAGCUCGAUACUGGGCAUUUCUUUUUGACAAUCUUAGACGGGCAGUUGAUGAAAUCUAUGUUACGUGUGAAUCGGAUCAGAGUGUAGUAGAAUGCAAGGUAAGUCUUCAUCUGUUCUCUACCUCUUGUCACAUGGCUCUUGUCUUAUUCUUUACAAAAAACCCA